UACUUACUUCCACCAAAACUUCCGGGUAUAGAAGAUUAAGAUUUAAUGGGAUUAUUGGUUCCGUGAGGACAAUUAUCGUAACCGGUUAACAAUUGGAAGUGCUUGUGUAAAAAAAUGGAAGCAAGCUUUGAAGAAGACAUACCGAUAGAUAGAUAGAUAGAUAGAUAGAUAGAUUUCGGCCAAGGAUAACAUUUACACCUACACUCAAUUCUAGAUCUGGGACCACACGUUGACAUGACGCUUUUGUGAUGGAUUCAGUGAAAAGGAGGAAAGGUUGACGGCGAUGUCAGAUAAGCUCAAUGGCCUACAUGCAGGAAUGACUUGAUCAGACUUUACAAACCUAGGUGUUUUUGAUACCAUCAGGAUAAUCAUCUUAUGUUUCACAACCGGAAAUAGCUACAUGCAUAAAUGCAUUCUUAACUCCUGAUGCAAGGUUAAGUGUUCUCUCGACAGCAGUUCUUAAACAUGAAUCACAUUCUGGUAUUGUUUGGAACAAUCGUUGCAGUGGCGUGUGUGACCAUUGCCCAGGCAGCCGCAGAUGAUUGUAAAAUAGACUAUAUGGCCAAUCAGACAAAAUCAUCGAAAGAGUAUAUCGCAGAAGGCUGUUAUUCUGUGAGAUGCGAUAACCUGUCUCUUACAGAGGUUCCAAAGGACUACCCCGACCCACCGACAAACAAAUCACUUUGCUUCCUUGACCUUAGCUGGAAUAACUUUGACCAGCUUAAAAAUAACUCAUUUGUCAAUGCUGCUAAUUUGAACACUUCAUUGAUUCGAAAUCUUUAUCUGGACAAUUCGAAUAUAUCUUACAUUUCGUCGAAUGCAUUCUUGGGCCUGUCUAGUCUGUUGUAUCUCAAUUUAUCUGGAAACAAUCUAAUCUGGCCAAGUGGAUUCGGUAAAGGUGUUUUCAAACCAUUGUCAAAUCUCACAUACUUGAAUGUUAAAGAAAAUAAUUUACAAACAUUUGAAGGGUUGGGAGUGGAGUUGGGAUACACAAAAUUAGGAGGAAUCUACGCUGAACUAUGCGCCAAUUGCACAUUCGGUAAAGAAUUUGAACAACUUGAACAUCUGGUCAAUCUAAGCUUAUCCGGACGUUCUAAAGAUGCUUGCAAUGUUUCGGUUAUCCAUAACAAUACAUUUGAAGGCCUAACAAAGUUGCAGCGCCUUUGGAUAUCAUCCUGUAACAUCGAAGAAAUAGAAGCGAACACUUUCAGUCCAUUGAAAGAAAAUCUGACCUUACUGGAUAUCUCGUACAAUGAAAAAUUGAAUUUUACAAGAAUGAACACAGCUUUAUAUGGUUUGAGGAACUCUUCAAAACUGCAAAUUUUAAAUGUGAACCGGAUUCAUAACGUACAUGAUAUUGGUGUAGCGGUAAAAGGAUGUGACCUGGAAAAUCUUAGAACACUACGUGCGCUUACUACGCUGCAUAUGGAUCUUAAUAAGAUAGAAAUAUUUGAAGAGGAAAUCUUUAACCCAAUAUCUAUGUUUCCUAGUUCACUUAGAGAUCUGACAUUAUCUGGAAACAGGUUAUCGUUCGGAAAUUAUAUAAAUUUUAUUCACAACGCUACGAAUAUCACUUGCCUGGACAUGUCCAGACAGCAUUUGUAUUACGACCCUUUCCUGUACGAACAUUUUGAACCCGAAAACACGCAAGAAGAGUCGAUAGUUGCAGACGAAAAGUGCAUGCUGAAUAAAACUCUAGACUUCUCCAAGUAUACAUGUAAUGACAGCUGUUUCGUUUGUAUCCCUCCGAAUUUACGUCGCGUAAAAUGGAGAAAAAGCUUCCUCAAUUUCAAUACAGAAAUGAAUCUUCACAUUUGUGGAGCAAGCAAACUUUUAAAUUUAGAUUUGUCAUUUAACUUACUUACCAAAUUGAAAGGUUCAAUUACAGGAUUAGAAAAUCUACAGCACCUGGACCUUUCUGAAAAUUACUGCAGUGAGGUAGCUCCGGCGUUUUUUGACAAUUUUAGAAAUUUAGAGCAUCUUAAUAUCUCUGGAAACAUUUUAGGAGUGGCAUUUGGCCAAACCUCUUCUUAUCUGUCAAACAAGAUAUUUAGAAACUUAACGCAAAUUACCGACCUUGACCUCUCAAAUAAUAGGAUUGAACGAUUUUCAGAUCGGCACAUUUUCAAAGGUUUGAGAAAUAUAAAGUUUAUGUAUUUACAUUCAAAUCUGAUGGGUGACUGGAAGUAUGCAAUGCCAAAGAGCAAAUCGCUAAAAUUGCUAGACUUGUCACGAAAUAAGUUAAGCACUCUUUCGAAUAAACUAAGAGCAUAUUUAGACACACUUUGCCAAGGCACGCACUGCAAUGUGAGUCUCAUUCUAAAAAACAAUCCCCUGGAAUGCAGCUGUAAGACAUUGCCUUUUCUAAAAUGGAUGUUGUCCACAAAAGUGGACGUUGAAAGGGACGAAUGUAAGUUUAAUGCGGAACAGCGUAACAUAUCGGGGAAUGAAGCUUUGCACACAAUGAUAGAAACAUUGGAAAAUAAAGAAUGUCUCGACAAAAGCUGGCAAACGUGGACUGUUGGAAUUAUUUGUGCGAUUGUCGGCUGCUUCAUGAGUAUUGUGAUCGGCGUAGUAGUUUACAGAUAUCGAUGGAAACUGAGAUAUAUAUAUUACAGUAGAAACCGACGAUUUAAUCAUGAAGGGUUCGAGCGUCUGUUUGAAAAUGACGCCUUUGUGUCUUAUUCGAAGUGUAAAGCAAGUUUCAUAAAAAACAACAUGGUACCGUCACUUGAGGAGCAACGAGGUCUUCGGCUGUGGGUGGCAGACAGAAACUCAAUACCGGGCACAUCAAUUGCCGAAACUAUCACGCAUGGUAUAUAUAAUAGCCGGAAGUCGGUCCUUCUUAUUGACACGGACUAUCUUAAGGACAGCUGGUGCGAUUAUGAAAUGAAUAUGGUACAUGUUGAAUCCACCGAGGCAAAGAGAAAGCUUAUUAUUAUAGUUCUAAUGGAAAACAUUCCUCUGGAAAAUCUACCCAUAAAUGUCAUGCGCUUCCUUCGUAGUGAAAGGUCACUUGAAUAUCCGGAGCACGGGCACGACUUGGACGUAUUUUGGACAAAUCUUGCAGAUGAAAUCAUGAGUUGAAUGAUGAAUGGUUUAAUAUUCAAAAGUGUUUGUUUACUUGAGCAUAAUAUAUUUACAUGUUUCUUAUCUGAUAAAUGCUUUUAAAAACAGUGUCCACAAUAAACAAAAUUCUGCCAUUAAAAUUUAGGUACUAAUAUAAUCUGGAUCCCUUGGAUGCAUUGAACGCAACAAAACAUGGUUGAUUUGAAUAUUUGUCGGUAGACAUUUUUCUGCUGUAUUUCUUCUUUAUAUAAAACAUCUUCCCAUUUGGCUUUAUUUUCAUUUUAUAUUUUCAUUUGUUUUUCAUACAAGUUUCAUUUUAGAAAGAGUUGUAAGUAAUGAUUCACCAUGUUUCUGUCUUUCAUCUUUAUGUUUCGUCCGAUACAUUUAACUACUGAUGAUACUUUAAAUAGUCUAUAUUUUCCAAAUCAUAAAUAUACAUUAUACUUGAAGUUUUGGAAUGAAUAGAAACUAUUUGUUGUAUUGUCAAAGAAAUGUUGUAUAUAUAUUUAAUGCCUUUUUCAUAUAAUUUCUUUCUAGAAAAAAAAUGUUUUUGAUUUAAGUUUUAUAUCAUGACUUUGUGUUGUUCCAUAAGAUAUGAUGACUUACUUCUGUUUCAUUUUCAUUAUCUUUUAUGGGUGUCCAAGUUAAUAAUAUGUCUUUUUAAGAAAGUGUUGUCUUUGCAUAUCAUUCCAAUAUAUUUUUUGUUAAAUUAAUGCCCUUCCAUUUUACACAUUAUGUUUUUAUAAAAUAUUUUCUAUGCUCUUUUGUUGUUUUGAUCAUUUACUCGUUUAAUCCAACGUGCUUUUAAUGCAUUCAGAAAAUACUUACAGUCAAUCAAUUUUAAACCCCCUUCAUCGUAACUAAGUGUUAAUGUAUCUUUCGUUUUAUUUUUUUUCUGGUUUAUCAUUCCAUAUAAACAUAAGCAUUGCUUUUAUUAUUUCAUUAUUUUUCCUAUCUGGGGUGUUGGUAGUACUGUAAGGUCUUCAUAACUGAGUGUUAAAUUUCUAUGUUGCCAUUGUUUAAGACAUAGUUGUACUACACUGCAUUUAUUUUAGGUUCCAGAUUAUCAAGGUUAUUUUCAUAGUCAUUUGAAAAGAUCAUUCCUAAUGUUUCUAACGACUCGUGUUUAAAUUUAACAUUAAUGUGUUUAACGAUCCAACAGUAGAUUUAUCAGUGUAUGAUAGCUUAUGGGUAACCAUUAUUAUUAAAUCAAUAAUAACUACACACUCAGCAAAUCCAAACCUUUAAGUUGUCUUCCUAUGUCAAACUGUUUUGUAUGAUAAGAUAUCGGAAGAUCAGAAAUCAAAAGGAUUAUUACUUAAGCCCAAAAUAUUUUAUAACGUAAAUUAAUCGUUCAAAGGAAUUUUCUUUUCUGCUAUUAGCAAAGGCUGCAUUUUAUCUAAUGGGUAUUGAAUGGACUCCAUGAUUCCAAAGGACCAGAAUAUAUCAAGAGAAAUAUAAAAAGACUUCAAAGUAUCAAACAUUCUUUUUG